UUUUUAAUUUUUGCAUGUCUCAUAUCAAGUUUUAAAAGAAUUACCAAUUAAUUUAUAGCUUCACAUUAAAUUUCGAGAAUAGAUAAUAAUUUAAGCUUUUCUUAAUAACAUAUACAUUAUAUUCUUUGGUUUAUAGAAUGACAACGUCUUUUUUGGGUUUUGGAUACUCCUGUGUUGUAAUACAUGUAAAGAGACAUUCGAUUUUGUCAGACAACCUUAUUACUAUUAACAGAGAACGUAUAACGUGUAUUUUACCUUCUCUGCUAUUAAUAUUGCUAAUGGAGACUGCAUAAGCUGCGUUUACAAGGGGACUCUUGUCGCUCAUUAUCGGCAAAUUCUCUUUUGGCCAAAAAAGAGUCAAGCAACUUGAAUCGAAUUUCCUAAUCUUUCGGGAAUUACAAUAUUAAAAAGCCAUAAUUUUUUCGCGUGUAAGCUGGGACAUAUGUUUAUGUCGAAGUUAAUGUAAUAAUAAUAAUAUAAGUUAGGCAAUUUAUCGAUAUUCGAAAUUCGAUAUUUCGCAGACACAACUAAUUACAAAUAUUUACGAUCAAUAUUUUUCGUUUUCUAAAUAGUGUGUUUUUUAAGUUUUACAUAUACAAUCUGAUAAAUGGCUGAAUCAGUUCGUUUGACAAACGAUGAUUUUCGUAAACUUUUGGCUACUCCUCGUCAACCGCCACCGGGGAGUACACCUUCUGUAAAUUCUACAGCAGCUACAUCGUCGUCCACAGAAAAGAAAAAACCUCCAGGUUCAAGUAGCGAACGCAAUGAUUUGCGUCGAAAAAAGAAAAAUUUCUAUGCAGCACUUAAAAAACAAGAAGAUGGUAAACUGCAACAACUGUCCGAAAAAUAUCGCGAUCGAGCCAGGGAACGCCGCGAUGGGGCAAAUCCAGAUUAUCAAAACGUUAGCACACCUGGUCAUAGUAGCACUAAUGCUUAUCGUGCUGUUGCCCCGGAUUUAAAAUCAGGCAUAGAUGCAGCUGAGCGGCGUCGUCGAAUUAUACAGGAAUCUAAAUUUUUAGGUGGUGAUAUGCGACACACGCAUUUGGUGAAGGGUCUCGAUUAUGCCCUUUUACAAAAAGUCCGUUCUGAAUUACAAACCAAAGAGGUAGAAGAACAAGCAUUGGCAGUUGCUGCAGCUACUGAAAAAUUAGCAGAAACCGCUGCAGCUGAACAAGCUGAAGCUGAAAGCAAGGAUGCUGAUGAUCAUAUGACUAUAAAAACCGCAAUGGCGCGAAAUAUUUUCAAUAUAAUUCAAGCUCGACGCUCCAAAGAAGUGUCUUGUAAUGAACUAUUUGCUCCAGGUCGCAUGGCCUACGUUAUUGAUUUAGAGGACGAUUUGGGUGAAACCGAUAUUCCAACAACAUUAAUACGGUCAAAGUUUGAAGUGCCUGUUAAUAGAGAAGAUAUCGCCACGCUUACUACAAAUGAUAUAGUUAUAAAUAAACUUUCACAAAUUCUCUCCUAUUUACGUGCUGGUGGGCGCAAUAAAAAAAACAAGAAAAGAGAUAAGGAUAAACCACUUUUCUAUGAAAAAGAAAUGGAACAAACAUUCAAUAUUACUGGAUUAAGUGAUGGUGGUGGUUUAGCUGGUAAAGCUUUAGGUGACAACAUAUACGACGAUAUUGGAGAUUAUCAACCAAAUUCUAAGAAGGAAGGUUUAAAAAUAGAUAACAAUAACCCAAAAGCUGUGGCUGGUUCUUACUUCGCAGACGUAAAAGGUAAUGAGGAUUCCGAGCCGGCGCUAGUAACUAAUAUACCACCGCCGCCAAAGAUUACAAAGGCGAUAGCUUCGCGCUUUGCUAAUGAACCCGAAGGUUAUGCUGAGUGUUAUCCAGGAUUAGAAGAAAUGAAUGAUGCCAUCGAUGAUUCUGACGACGAAGUAGACUAUACCAAAAUGGAUUUGGGCAAUAAAAAAGGACCUAUUGGUAGGUGGGAUUUCGAUACACAAGAGGAAUAUUCCGAUUAUAUGAGCACAAAGGAGGCUUUACCCAAAGCUGCAUUUCAAUAUGGUGUCAAAAUGCAAGACGGUAGACGAACUCGAAAAAACAAAACAGAGAAGAGCGAAAAGGCAGAAUUGGAUCGCGAAUGGCAGAAAAUACAGAAUAUUAUACAAAAACGAAAGUUUCCUAAAGGAGGAGCAGAAGAGCCCGACUUCAAAGCUGCUAAAUAUUAGUAUGCAAACAUUAAUGCAGCAAAACACAAAAUUAUCUAAAAAGUUAUACAGAAUAGUUUCACAUUUAUUCUGUAUCAUUAAUUUAUAAUAUCGACAACAACUUGGGCAUUCCCAACUAUUUGGUAGGUCUUCAUUUACUACACCUUUAGCGUCCGCGGCAUCGUCGGUGCCGUCCAAUAACGACCUCGCGCAGUCAGGAUGCGCAAUUUCAUAACACACCGAACACUCCAUUAGCGUCGAAGGUCCCUCGAGUGAAGCCAGCUGCUUAGUUUGUGGGGACACGGGUACUUGCCGCCAGCCGUCCAAAUGACACACGAAGCACUGUGCUGUCACCGGCAACAUGGGCGAGAGACAUUGACGCAUCAUACAUGUUUGCUUAGCGCGUCCAGGUCCACCGAAUUUCACCAUGUCCAAACAGAAGCUGCAUUCCCCACAAUCGGAACGCUGGCAAGCGGCGCAGACUUUACAGCGCGUUCGCCGUCGACGCGGUUGACCAGUACCGGUGACAUUUGGCGACAACUUUGAAUCGUUCGGCGAAAGACAAGAGUUUUCGGUAGUGUUAACGGCAUUUGUGUUAUGUGUAAGUGGCUGUGUAUGUGAAUUGUUUUGUGUUUGGUUGGUUGCAGCAACGGUUGUUCCAGUUGAAAUGGUUGUUGUUGCUGUUGAAGCUGAGUUAUAACUUGAGCAAGAUGCGAUAACACUGACAGUGUUGUUGGCCUGAUGUGCCGCUGCAGCUACAGCAUUUGCGAGAUGCAUCUUCUUCGGAGGGCGAUACUUAA